AUGCGUAUUUUAAAUAUUAGCUACAUUCGUUACACUCAAGCCUUAGAAUUUGUGUUCGACUUAUUUUUAAGCUUAGACUCAGGCUUAGUGGCAAGGUUAGUCCAAGGCUUCGACAGAAACUUAGGCUAUAAUUUAGCCAUAGGCUGAGACUUAGGCUUGGAUUGAAGCUUAGGCUUAAAAUUAAACUUGUGGAAAGGCCUAUGAUUAAGCUUAAACUUUGGGUUUUUACAAAACUUAGCAGGGAUAUAAGCUUAAGCCUACUUUUAGCCUCGCCUUUAGCCUUAAUGAGCUUAAGGCUGAGUCCCAACCUAAGCAUAAAACUCAGCCUAAGCCUAAGCUUAAGCCUGAGCGUGAGCCUAAGUCUAAGACUAAUCCUAAGCCUAAGCCUAAGCCUAAGCCUAAGCUUAAGCCUGAGCGUGAGCCUGAGUCUAAGACUAAUCCUAAGCCUAAGCCUAAGCCUAAGCCUAAGCCUAAGCCUAAGCUUAAGCUUAAGCCUGAGCGUGAGCCUGAGUCUAAGACUAAUCCUAAGCCAGAGCCUAAGCCUAAGCCUAAGCCUAAUCCUGAGCCUUAG